AUGUAAUUAUUAAAGGAAAUUGUAGAAGGUGUACGUAAUCCUAUUAGUACCAUAGAAUAAUUAAAGAAAUCAGUUAUUAGAGAGAUCAACAAAUAACAUUAUCAUACUAUCGAUUAUACACAUCGUCGUUCUAUUUCUACUUAAGAGGCUCCAUUUACUGUAGUUAGUAUAAAGAAACCAAAGACACAACUUAAUACUAUUGAAUUGGCUCCCUUAAAGAAUAAGACUAGAUUUAUGCCUAAUUCUACAUUAGAAUUGAUUGUCAAAUAACAAAAAAACAAGUCACUUCAAUUUAAAUAGAAAAUAUAUACUCAAGAAUAUAAAGAGAAGAGUGAAUAUGUAUAAGGGAGAAGGAGAUUUAAUAAGAAUGUUGAAUGUCUUAAAUAAAAUAAUUAAAGAUUUAGAUUAAGUGUAAGUGAACAAUCACAAUAAUUGAACAAACUUCUUGAAAGCAGAUUGUCACGUAUGUUGAGAUAUAACAAUAACAAUCAUGAUAAUUAUUUAUAAUGA